AUGGCGACCUCUCUGCUACUCAUCAUCCUCACCUGUAUCUUCGUAUGCACAAGCGCCACCACAGCCACCGCUUCAACAUCAUCUAUUGCUCCAUCAUCAAAUCCUCAUCAAGACCACGCAUACCCACCGUCUCUCUUUGCCAUCAUCCUCAGCACACUAGGCUUUCAAGAACUCUCCUCCGCCGCCACCACCGCCUCUCUCUCCAUACCCACCACCAUCUUCGCCCCCACCGAUUCUUCCCUCCUCACCUGUCCUUCCUGUUCCCUCCCUCUUCUCCUUCAAGAACACUCCGUUCCCGGCCUCUACCCCCUCCACUUUCUCCUCACCUUACCCUUCGGCACCAAACUCGAAACCCUAUCCCCCAACCGCUGUCUCACCAUCACCACCGGCACCACCUCCGCCUCCCUUCAGAAAGUCUUCAUCAACGGCGCAGAAAUAACUCGUCCGAACCUCUUCAACAAGGGCUUGAUCAUCGUUCAUGGCCUUCAAGGCUUCGUCUCUCACCUCUCUCCGCUUUCUUGCAAUGUCGAGCGAAUGACUUCUCUCUCAUUCCCUUCUCAUCCGCCACCCACGGCGUCGUUCUUUAUCAUGCGCCUGAUGCUAAAAGACGCCAUGCUCAGACUACGCACCAACGGGUACAGUUUACUGGCUCUCGCUAUUAGAGUGAAGUACUACGCAGAGCUAUCGGACCUCAAGGCCCUUACGGUGUUCGCUCUCGACGACGAAUCUAUAUUCGCCGGCGGGCAUACCUCGUACGUCUCCGAUUUGAGAUUUCACAUUGUACCCAACAGGCUAUUAAUGGCUGAUGAGUUGAUGCGUUUGCCGGCAGAGACAGUGUUGCCGACGAUGGAAAGUGGGAAGCAGCUGGUGGUGACCAACGCGGGAGGUGGCGGAGGUUUAUUGAUAAACCACGUGAGGAUCAAGAGCCCUGAUGUGCUGUACAACAACAGGAUUGUGGUUCAUGGACUGUUCACGCCAUUUCCGCACACUCCUCAGAGAGCUGACGGAGAUUAUUGGCAGAUCGCACAGUCAACAAGCAAUGGUGGGGUCGAUCAGGCUUGGGCCCCAAUCGUGGCCCCUGUUGCUGGGGCUAGAUCGAUGUUGGAGAUUGAAGAUCAUCAUGGUCUUUGA